AUGGCGCGAGCGAAAGAAACAGACCACCCCUCGGGCAAUGCCGAGAACAGGCUUGCGACUACGCCAGUUGAUCGUCUGCGAGUAGCGAAGCAACAGCUCCAGAAUUCCAACAACGCGCAGACAAAGUUGCACACCAUGUUCGAAGACAUGAUUCAUGAUCUCGAAGAGACUAAGAGAACUCUGAGUCUUACUGCGAACUGCCUGUCCGAUUUCCAGGCCGCACUGAGUGCAGCUCAUGAAGAGCUCGCUACGGUCAAAGAUAAGCUGGACGCAACAACGAACGAACUCUCCCUGUCAAAAUUCGAUUCCGGCAAGUACAGUGAAUGGUUUUCGGAAGAGUUCGAUGGACACGCGAAAUCUAGAAAGUUAGUCAAGACACAGAAGAAACGAAUCGAGCAGCUGGAAAGCGAACUGGCGCACGAGAAGGAGAAGGUCAAGAUGAACGCAGACUCCGAGAAGCAGCUGAGCCAGCUCAAAAAGCAGUGGUCCUCGUUGUCCAACGUCCUCGGUGACAAUUGA